AUGUCCCUCGACAAUCACACGGGAAAUACUCCGCUGACCGUCCCCUCUUCAAUUUACCCCCCUAGCAUUGUGAUUACUUCCCCAGACGGAUUGAUAGUCGGCGGACGAGUUGAUACACGACUUCAUUCUGAUCCUCUUCAAGGAUUCAUCCAGGCAGGGACUUCGGCUCAUACCAGACCACCUCCAUCACUCGCACCCCACUCCGGCAAUGAGACGGCUGACAGGCGACCAAUUCCUGAGUCUUGGAGUGCCAUGGUUGACAAACACUCUCAGAAAGUGGCAGCGGACACUAUCCAAAGUAUCCGUGGAGGCUCGGCAGUGGAAGAGAUCUACUUCCAAUUCAGCCGCAGAUAUCGAUCAAUGCAGGAAGUGUACUUGGCGGACUACUCUCGAUUCCUGGAAGCGGAAACUCUCCAACGUCUCACUGGACGAUUGGAAAGUCUGUACUAUGGAGAUAGAGACUUGCUGAGUUCACUAUCAGCUACCUAUAUUUUCAUCAGAAGUUUACCCGCUCCAUGGACGUAUCCAAAAGACUGUUCCAUAACUCUAGACAAACCAGGUGAUUGGCGCCUUACAACAGCAGAUAACUUGAUACCUCAGAUUCUGAUCCAAGUAGAUACUAUGGUGAACCGCCUCGGGCCCAGCGUUCCAAUUGACGGUGUUGUACGGGACAUGUUGGAGCUUACUAUCAUCCGAGAUACACACGCAUGGCUAGAAAGAACAAUGCUAGAGACGGCAGGCACAACAAACAUGUAUGGAACGUUUGUGACGGAAUGUUUUGUUUCUGGACCGUCCAAAGUUCAUAUCUCUUCAAAUAUGGAUAGAUAUUACGUGACAUCUCAUAUCAAUGGUGAGAUCACCAGCCGUUAUAGGGUUCUUGUUGAUCGUCCCUCCCUGGUUCAGCAGUGA